CAUAGUCUCAGGCUCGCUUACGACAAGGGGCUUUGAAACACCCCUGGUGUCUAAACGAACGUUGUUACCGACGUUGGAACGAAGUACAACAACUUAUUCAUGAUUUGAUAAGUUGUACAAGUGGACGAUUUUCCUUCAUGCGAUGGUUUCGCCGCAAAGUUCCCCGCUUAUUGCUUACUGGAAUAUGCCAAGUCAUUUACCCGGACUUUUUGUUUCGGAUUCAUAACGUUGCCCUUGAGGCUGUGAAUGCAGUCAUUUUCGGGGUCCUGGAAGAUCUUUCUGGGCACACUUCUGAUUGGAAGGCGAUUGUCAUCCAACAUUGUAAAACUCCGAUUUCGACGGACGAAUUGUUAUGUGCCUUCUCAGUGCCUACCUACCAAGUAAGGGAAGUUUCUGCCAUUGGCUUGCUUCUGGUCUUACUUGCAUAUACUCUGACUUCUAUAGUACUUUGAGAUCCAAUUCAGUCUCUAUUUUCAACUAUACCCCACCAGUGGUCUUACAAUUGGCUUCAGACCAUGAUCCUCGCUGUCAACACGUAGAAACCGAUGAGCUUCAGGACUUGUUUGAU